AUGUCCCUGCCCACUCUUCGUCUCGCAGCUCUGCGCAAUCACCUUCCCCCGCCUCUCGCCGCAACCACUUCGCUCUCCUCACUCUCUCCGUUCACCUCCAUCAGAAGAAUGUCCGUCCCCACCACUAUGAAGGCCGUCCUGGUCGAGCGGACCGGCGGCCCCGAGGUGCUGCAGUUCAAAACCGAUCAGCCAGUGCCGACGCCUCAGGAGGGCCAGCUGCUGGUGCGCAACAAUAUCUCCGGCGUCAACUUUAUCGACACCUACUUCCGAACUGGCCUAUACGCAUCGCCCAAGCCCGAGGUGCUAGGCCGCGAAGGAGCCGGCAUUAUCGCCGCCGUUGGACCCAAUGCCUCCGGCUUCCAGGUCGGAGAUCGGGUCGCCUGGCUCGCGACUGGCGGCUACGCCGAGUACACGGCCGUGCCAGCAGCGAAGACGGUGAAGAUCCCCGAUGGCGUUAGCGAUGAGGACGUGAUGGCCUCGUUCUUGAGCGGCAUGACCGUGCUGUCGUUCGUGAAGGAGACCUACGCCGUACAAAAGGGCGAUUGGGUGCUCGUGCAUGCGGCAGCUGGAGGUGCGGGCUUCCUGAUGACCCAGAUCCUGAAGUCGAUUGGCGCCAAGGUCAUCGGCACCGCUGGCGGUGCGGAGAAGUGUGCGCUGGUCAAGAGCCUGGGUGCGGAUGUGGUUAUUGACUACCGGAGCGAGGAGGGCAAGGACUGGGUGAAGCAGGUGAAGGAGGUGACUGGUGGCCGUGGUGUUGAUGUUGUCUACGACUCGGUUGGCAAGGAUACGUGGGAGGGCAGCUUGGAGGCUGUCAAGCGCAAGGGUACUAUUGUCUGGUUUGGCAAUGCCAGUGGACCGGUGCCUCCACUUCCUCUUCCGAAAAUCUCUCCCAAGUGUGUCAAGGUUGCUCGCCCUACUCUCUUCGGCUACAUCGAGACUCGUGAGGAGUUUGAAUACUACACCAACGAGCUCUUCAGUCGACUGAAGUCUGGCGAGCUGAAGACCAAGAUCCACAAGAUCUACCCAUUGGAGGACAUUGUCCAAGUCCACAAGGACCUGGAGGGUCGUAAGACUAUGGGCAAGCCUCUUCUGAAGCCUUGA